AAUCCUACUGCAACGAGGUCGGGAAGUGCAGGAUGACGACCUGAGUUUCUGUCAAGUCGGAAGGCCGUGUCAUCGCUGGAUUCGACGCUAGUUCAUUGUUUGAUGAGGAUAUCGGCUAUUACUCUGAUCCAAUCCCUGGCACGCUGGAGCGUUUUGGAAUAGGUUCGAGGACAUCAGCCAAACCGGAAUGACCUUCAAGCAUAAAUUCAGCUCGGUUGCAGCAAAAUUCAGCGACAAAACGACUGUUGUUGUAUCUGACCGUGUGAAUGUGCGUCCUGCCAGUGGUCGCCCAGGUCCUUUUUCGCCGCGUCUCAACUUCGAGGCCACUGUCAGCGCUCUGCAGAUGUCUCUUCUAUCAACGAAGACGACAUACCAGGAUAAUAACAACACGAUAACAUGCCAGAUUCACCCUCCGCGCGCACUAUAUUGGUUCUUCUCUGGCUUUACCUCGGCACCAGGACCGGUCACCGUCGCGUAUUCCCGUCGGCUCUCUAUCACAUCCGUGGCACCUGCGCUGGCGAUUAUCUUGUCCUCGGCCCGUCUGUUUGACCAUACACCCGAGGCCAGCUUCCGCCAGCCUUCCUUGGCGCCGCACUUACUGGGAAGUACAAUUUCACUUGCCAACCUGUGGAGCGGGAUCAACGCGGAAUGGGGUGUCGUGUUGGCGGAAAUAGGUUUACGAGUCAAAACUGGUAUGCAGCUCGGAAUGACGGGGCUGAGCUGGUCUUUUGGCGGCGAAUGGCGCAAAGCAGGGAACUCCAUCGGUUCUAGUGUCGCCUGCAACCUCGGAGGCGUCACUUUCAAGCUCGAUGUGUCUUACCUGGGGCAGGCCUCACUCUCCCCAUCAACCCGGGCUGGCCUCUGGACUACGGCAGCGCCCUCGGCGGCACUUGUUUUGACGUACAUUUUCGUCCUUCGACCACGCCAUCGAAGGGAACGUCUCCGGUUCUUCCGAGACGCACGCCCAAGUUCUGACACUGACGUGGUUGCCUCAGGUCUCGUCAUCCUCGAAGCAUUCUAUGGUCCGCUGGAGCGCGACGAAGUAGCCGAAGGCCUGGAUCUGGACGUCACCGUGGCGUUGCAGGCCUUGGUGCACAGAAGUCACCCCGGAGUGGCAAAAGUGCUCCGGAUUCGGUAUACGUUCCGAGGGUCCUUGCAUUAUGCAGAGAUAUCGGAUUGGAUGCCGGUGGUACUGCCUCUGGAAGAACAUCUCGUUGAUUGACCACGACGCGACGCCGGAUGCCCGGGAACACGGUUCCGUCCCGGUCUCAGUCUGUGGCAAAAGGACCAACGCAUGACGGACAAUAGCGGAACCAUACGCUGUCAAGCCCCACCCACGACUCUAUCUAAUAAUAUACGACACUCCUACGACGCGUAUACACACCUAUAGUAACUAAUCGAUAUUCCACCCCUCUCUCGACUCACGGGUUCGGCUGCCGCAGAUGUCCAUCGAAAGCAACAUGCAGUGUGCGACGG